CCUCUCCAACUCUGCCUGAAGCUCCUCGGCCUUCUUCGUCCAGGCAGUAGCGGCGUUUGCGUUUUCGUCCGCGCGUGCCACAUGUUGAUUUAGCAGAAGUUCUUGCUGCUGACACGUCUGCCUCAAAUUCGACAGCUCGAAUGUCUUUUUUUCCAGCUCGGCAAGAAGGAUUUCGCAGUUCGUUGCAAGAGUCUCAUUGCGACUGGUCGCAUUGGCGCUGGCCUCCCGCUGCCUGUGUCACUACAGCCUUCAAGCAUCGCGUGGAAGCCAGAGGCCGUGGCCGUGUCGUACGACAGGGGUCAUAUGCGGCUUGCCAGUCUCCGGUGUCCAGCCUUCAAACGCAUGGCCAGACACCAAUCGAUAAAUCGAAAGAUGAGGAUUCCGUUCUGAUCGGAGACGCGAUAGGACUGCCCCCCUUGUACAUCACAUGCAUCGCUUGUCGUCGGUGACACGAGCGGCAUUGUGCAUUGCAGGCAGAAAGACUUCACGCGUGGUAGGCGCGUCACAAGUGGACAUCUCGUGGAGCGACAAUCGCCAACGACCUUGUCCGUGUCUUUGCGUUGUAUCGUGAGCAAUUGAAAGGAACUCACUCAGGCUGAGAUGAUCUUGGUCAGCGUCUUGCUCUGGCGAACGUCGUGGUUUUCUGGGCAUUAUUGUGAUCUGCCGUGAGUAGCCGGCAUGGACCGAUCACUCUGGACACUCAGUCACAAGUUGUGUCUUGACUGGCUGGCUUCGAAUUCAAUCGAUCUCACUUGUUCUUGCCCGAAAGAGCCACACACCGGCCGGGCCGUUUCUCCCGCAUACAUAAACGGUCAUUCCGCCACAUACGACACCGAACAGAAUACCAUAUUCUUGACCAACUCUCGCCCUACCGCCACCAUGGAUCCCGACGUGGCUCGCAUGUUGGCCGAUUUGGGCAACAGUCGCCGCGAUGAGAUUUCUGCACCAGAUGAGGGCGACCCCGAUCAGUCAUAUCGAAAUCGGCGCGAAGAACGCGAGAUACUGCUGAGGGCCGAAGAUCAUCGGGCCAACGCUCAUCUUCAUGCAAAGAACCCGGACGAGGCAGCUGCCCUCGAGGCGUGGAACACGCCAUCCACGUUCGGCACUGAUGAUGUAGCUGAGCAGAUGGAGAAUCGGUACAGUGGCCAAGGACAUCGUGCGCGCCUCGAACAGAAACGGUCUCAGCGUUUUGGGUAUGAGGCCAAUGAAGGGUAUCACUCAUCACAGCGCUCCCGUCAGGACUAUGCUCAGGUAAGUCGGAACAUGAGAUCAUCUUUCCCUGAGUACCAGAGUCUGACAAAUCUGCAGGACGAGGCGAAUCGUCGUGCUCACCAUCAGGCAUACCAGGCGAGAGCGAAUGCUCCAGGGCCGUCUCGCCAGCGCGCUGCUUCACCUCGAUCAUUCGGCAAGGAUAAGUUUAUAAGAGACCAGCGGCUUCCACAACAGUCUGGAGUACUUGCUGCAGCAUCGUCAAUUCCGACAGGCGGCUUUGCGUUUGCCCCAUCGACCUCAGCUUCAUCGGCUUCUUCUGUAACAGCCGUGACAGGUGUUCAGGCCCGACCAGUCGCGCCAGUACCCCAGGGUCAUAAGCCACCGACGGCUCCUCAAGCUCCCGCGCCUGCAGCUCGAACUCGUGCUGUGGGUACGAGCACAGCGAGUCAGACAGUCUCUGGUCCGCGAACGUCUGCUCUAGCAGCCGCAGCGACUUCGCCACCUAUGCCGCCGCCAGCUAAGGCAAAGUCGAUCACUAGAGAAGGAAUGCUUGGCUCGAUCUACAAGCAUCUUAUGAAGAACAAGGACGCAUACUUUCCCAAGCCGGCUGUACAGGAGAAGACCGGAGAAGAUGAUCAAAAGGCUGUGGAGCGUCGUGAGGCCCUCACAGAAACUUCUAUGAUCGCGAUUCCGCUACCUGCCCAGCUUCCUGUCGACGAGUGGAUGUCUAGCGGUAAAGACAUGCAGAGAUCCAAGAAGAUGCAGGCACUCAACGACGCCGCAACGAAGGAGGAUCAGGCUUCUUAUUGGCAGAAGCCGAAUGAGAUCCACCUCUUGCACACUGCACGCGAGAAGAUUGCUGAGGACGUGGCUUUGCUCGCGCAGCCAGAGCACUCAGAGCAAGCUGACGACUACUAUAAAAAGCAGCGAUAUCGCGAGUGGCUGCGUGCAUAUGGGGCUCAGGCGCGAGUUGGUUCUGUGGGGAAUACCGAUAUUCCAGUUAUCGCCGAAAUCGUCAAGGCCACAAACAAUCUGCUGAGCAAGGGCAUCGCAGCAGCAGCUCUUCGGAGCCCUGCAGUCAAGACUGGGUCCACCACCGCUCGUCCUCCCACGCCCCCUUCCACCGUCAGCAACUCCCGCUCGAGCAGCAUUGGCGCUCAGGAGCCCACCGAACUGUCCUCUCCACCACAGCCCGAGACUGCGACGGGAUCCCUAGGCGCCACCUUCUGCAACAAGGAUGGCGUCUGUAUGGGCACUCGGCAGCGCCCUGCCGACGCUCCCGUCAAUGCGAAAAUCACUUUUCCUGGCACAUACGAUGUGCUGGGAAUGGCCGAGGGGGCGGACUCGCUGGCGGAAUCUCCAAGAAGGAAGGCGCGGAGAUGUGUUGCAGAGGGUCGGGACAGUAGCUUCAGCUACCGGUUUGAUGAGCGUCGUGGUGGGUUUGGAAUAUACCUGGCUAGGAUGUCGCCGAGAAACGAGGGCUUAGCAGGGACGUUCGUCUCCAUUUCCAUUUCCAUUUCCAUUUCCAUUUCCAUGUCUGUGCGUGCUUUUCUUUGCUCUGCCCCACGACUUAUGAUCUCACUUCAUCUGCUUCGGAGAACUAUCCCGCGGGGACGAAGCACCGGAGAACGCUUUGAAUGUCAAUGGCGAAUUCAAGACAAGGUACGUACAAGAGUUCUUGAAAAUCACGUACUAGGUAGCUUCCUCGAAGCUCGACGGAAUCGAGCUGCUUCUUAUUUUUUCAGCUUCUCCUCGAGUAACGACCCAGAUGUUAGAGGAUACGUCUCCAGAAUCCUCGAGCAGCUAGAUGAGGAUCAAUUCGAUGGAGCAUGGCAUGGAGGUCAUGCUGCUUCUGAAGAUUCGGUCGAGGAGCCUGAAGGCGAGGAGGUACAUAAGCUCGGGAAAGAUUACAUUUCUUUUCUUGAGUCGGGGUUGUUGGAUCUGACUUACGAUAUUUCCUCUUUCCUGCUUCCGAAGGUUCGCGGAUUCUUGGCAUCGAAAGAGAAGCGCUCUCUCACCACGCCAUCCACAUCAUUGCUUUUACACGCUCUACAUUAUGCACAAGCAUCUGCCUGCGGACACGUGUUCAUCGCAAUCGACCCGGGCCCUGUUAUUGGGCCAGAGGCAGAGGCAGAGGCAGAGGCAGAGGGAGUCGUAAGAGGGCUUUGCGAUAUUUUCAAGAUCAUGUGCACGUGCUUCGCUCCCGCAUGUUCAAAUGCCAUGUUCCCAAUUUAUGUGUCCUGUAUGCCUGGCCAAGGUUGCAUUCGUGGCGACUUGGUCGGCAUCUUGGGCGGACGCGAAUCGAGCUGGAAAUUGAAAGGUAGCGGUACACGCUCUGCUUGUAUCGAAUGUCUGCGUGGAAAGAAAGAAAGAAAGAAAGACGCGCUCGCCGCCGAGAAGCGUGAAAGCUCAAUGCAGCACUUCUUACCGCAGCGAUACAGUACAAUCUUUGCCCCUACAAAUUGUUUUUAA